AUGUUCUUGCAAUGGAUUGCCAAGUGUGAUUUAAUACCUGUCCCUGCUGAUUCCUAUGUCCUUAAAAAAUUCACUGAAAAAUGUCAACGUGGCAUGUGUUCAAUGGUUGUAAGCUCACUUACUGACGAGAAUAUUGAUACAUUGAUUAUAUUACCUAGUGGUCAUCAUAUUCGAUGGGCGAUGGAAGUACUUGGUCAUUCAUUUGCUUUACCAAUGGAAGAUUCCGAGGUGAUUUCCGGUUCUUUACGAAUCUAUCAACGUUGGCUUGGUGUUGAUGAUGAGAAGAAUGGCAAAGAUCAUCGACCAGCGUGUAUGCAAAAGGUUGAACAGACUUUUAUACAGGAUAUGUUGGGUCAAAUGACAUUACUCCUUGAAGAACGGCCAAAGGAUGAUGGCAAUGUGGAAAACAAUAUGGCAACACAUGUGAAUCUAUGCACAAGAGUGUUGGACACAUUUGAUGCUCUUGUGAAGCGUCGAGGGACGCAAUUGUCGAAUUCGACAUGGGAUCGACUUAUUCGAUUGAUUCUUGGCGCAGCAGAUGGUUUGCUGCAUAAUUUACGCAAUCAAUUGGGUAAUAAAUUGUGUGGACAGCUUGUGCGACUAUUGUUUGAAGUCUAUUUGCGGUCAUUGCCGCAAUGUGGACCGCGAGGAGAACUCUGGGGCUUGCUGCAAAAGUUUUGUCGGCGAUGGAUUCAUCGAACAUUAGUUAUCGAACAGUGGAACGCUAUCACGCUUGGACUCACACGGAGUCUCAUGCGUCAGAUCCACGAUCGCAACGCUUCUAACGAGAUCGAAAUCAUUUGGGCGGAUAGUCGACAACCCUCCAAGUUUGAGUUAGAGAGCCCUAUGCUUGCUUACGCAUGGUACCGUCUUUUUCGAGUGAUUGGCCAUCCUUCUGCAAUUUUUGAUCCGGAUGUGUACCUUGCUGCUCUGAAAGGAGUGAGUCGAUUAGCCGAUGAAUUUGCGCGCAUUGAAAAGGUACCACGUGUGCAAUGGGAGCACGUGUUGGGCGCACUCAAUCAAGCGCCGGACCGCGACAGCCCAGUGUUCCAAGGAGUUCAGAACGGGGAUGCUGAUGCAAGCAAUGACGUGUCCGCAGCUGCACCCCUGACAAGCUCUGAGCAGCCACGAGCUCCGCCUGAUCUCAACUCGAUCCUACGGCUGCUCGGGCCAUGGUUGUUUGACGCCUGCUUGACUCGUAAACCGCGCUUCGCAGCUGGCCGCAGUGAAGCACUGCGCUGCCUUGGGAGACUCUUGUGUCAUUACUCCAGUGGCCGUUCGAAACGUGUCAACUGGGCUUUCAGCGUUCGCAGUUUGAUGGCUCUACAGAACGCUCUGCUUGACGAUGACGAACGCAUUGCAGCUUCCGCAGUGUUCAACUGGUCAAACGUGUUUAGUUUGUAUGGAAGCCACACGUUACGUGGUGCCGGUGUUGUUGCAGGACCAUUCCACAAAGCUAUUGAACGUGUGUUCCGUGCCGCGGAACGUAAGGACGCCGCGUCAUCAUCAUCUGCAAAAUCUGAUGGUCGGCGCGGCGGGUAUUCAUUUUUUGUUCAGGAUGAUCAACAUAUAGGAGGAAUUCCGAUUGUGCUGCUCCGCCGAGCGAGCAUUAAGGCAUGCAGCUCCCUUCUCACUAUUCAUGCUCACGUCCCACGUCUGAUGAUAAAAGAAGCUGAGCAAGAGAUCGUCGCACCUUCGAUGGCCGAUAUUCCAGGACUGUAUUCAAGCUUGCCUAAGUACACUAGCUCGAACGUUGUUGCCCUCCUGAUGACUGCGAUCAAGACCGAGACAGACCCCACAAACCAACAGAUGAUGAUGUGGAUCAUGACAGUAGCCAUUCAGCAGGAGGCUGUCUUUUGGACGAACGGCUUGGCAUCUAGCCGCAACUCACAAGUUCCGUUCACAAUCUUGUUGAUUUGCUCUAUCAUCAGCAAGUCGCAAAAGUACAAGCCACCAGUGCUGUUUACUGCGUUUGACUGCCUUCGCCAUUUGUCACUGGUUUGUGAGGAAGUUUUCUUCCAUCAUGCAAACUCGGUUGUCCACCUAGUGAAUGCGUGCUGUGACUUCAUUAGCAACAAUGCGCCGGUCCUGCGCUCGAGGGCGGCACCGUUCUAUCUGGACAGUCUCAUGGCAGCAGCAUACCACUGCAUAAUUGAAUGGAUUGUAGCAGUGCCUUUGCUGCUAAGCAAGCAACAAGUUAUUGCGAAGAUUAUCACAACUAUUGUAGAUGGUAACGAGCGAUUCCAAUCGUUGUCUCCCAACACCACAAACAUGGCGGUGCGGGAGGCUGCUCAAAAACUGGUGAACAUGCUGAUGAAGCAUCAUGUUUCACACACCAGUAAUGCUGGUUCCAUCGGCCCCUCAUCGGGUUUGACUGAAAAGUCCGUGCUGGCACAGUUCUGUGACCUGAAUGACGCGACCGACAUUUAUCGCCAUUGUCGCUUUUUUUCUGUCAACAAGAAUUCUGUUCUGACAGUGAUCGAGAAGCCCGCGAAUGCGACGCAAUCAGGCGAAGCAAUUCUGAUUAUGCGAGACUCAACUGGCCGUUAUGUGUGGCGCUCCAAACCCAUAUACCACGAUGGCCCGCGCCCUAAGAGUGUCGCUGAGUUUGAAAAUUUCACUGACGGCUCUGGCACGCAGGUUGAAAAGCGUUCUGACUUUGAGUCCGAUUCUGAUGCAAAUACGCACGAGGAUAGUGACGAUGGCGAUUACGAGAGUGACGAGGAGUCACGGGUGGAAGAUCCACUGCUUGUUGCGAUUCGUGAAACUCACGCAAAGACUCCCAUGACAAGCUGGCGCUCAUCUUUUGAAGGCGGGGCUGACAUGGAAUCUGACCCAAUGAAAGUCAUGUCAGGCGAAGGCAACACGGGCAUGAGCACGAUCGAGCGGAAAGCUCAGGCUGGUCGCGAGGAUGCCCGGGGUAACCAGGAUGCAGUGUUUAUGAGCUUGUUAGUGUCACAGAGCCACGAGGAUCGCCUUGCUUCCCGGCCAAAGGGUUCUGCGCGCGGUGUUAGGUGCUGCAAACCCACACCACCUGAGAAGGACCCUGUACUGCAGACGUGGGAAGUAUCACGGAGGAUGAUGAGUGAGCUGGGUUUUCUUUCGGUACGCAACUGGGGUUCUGUGUUCGCCAUGGAUGCAACAGUUGCGACUGAUUUCCUCCGUGACUUGGAGACGCUGGACAAACUACCGGAGCGCGAAACGUUUGAUAUUUCUAUUGCUUAUGCAUUCACGGGGACUUCCCGAGGCGGCUACGACCAAAUACAUCUUGCUACCUCGACGGAUGUGCACGCCGGCUACGUCGAUCUGUCAAAGGACUACCAGCUCUUUCUGUCGUCCAUUGGCGAACGAGUAAGUGAUCACGACCACAAAGGAUACUCUGGCUUCAACGCCAACCUUACGAAUGGCCGGAUGCUUUACUAUUCGCAUUACAGUCACGAGGCAUGCAUCUACGUGCCUACCCUUUUGGUAGAAGGAGAGGACAGAAACAGCGACAGUGAUAGUGAAGCUGAAGACACUGAAGGGGCAAAUGCAAGGAUUCUAUUCCAACACGCCAACGUACUCAUUGUUUGGAACGAGUGCCAGCAGACAUACCGCCCGGGAAGUGUGUUGUGGGAUGCAGUAUUCAAGCUACCAAUGCCUACUUCAGGAGUGGUGCUGAUCAUCGAUCCAUUGGGCAACGACCUUUACUGUGUACACAUUAGCUACGAGUCAUCACCGCUAUUCAAUCAACGCGAUGUUAUUGCGAACCAAGAGGAGAGCUACGUAGAUGAGGCUGACGUGUAUACAAGCCGCGUGCUUGGUCCAUUGCUGGAUGGCAUGGUGGUUAACGGUGCUUGGUUAGCCCCGCUAGUGCGCCAGACUGCCAUCAAUGCAGCCGUUCUUUCACGCGCAUUCCAUCGUUAUCAGCACGAUAUUGGUGCAGUUUCGUUUGCACCUGUUGGUGCUGAAGCCAACCGCAGCACGGUCAUCUCAUCAUUUGUAGAGAAACACAUGCGUCCGAAGCUUCCUGGUGAGUUUUAUGGCGGCUUGUUUGAAGAUUUUACCAGCUAA